AUGGAUGCAUUUUCUUCCGUAACACUAGUAGCUCUCCGUGCUUACUUAACCACUCAAUACAAAAUCUCCAAAACCCACUUCUCUCUAAAACCCUUUGUCUGUCUAAACCCAAUUUUGGUCCUCACUCGAGAGUCGACUCAAUCUCGCUUCAUUCCCUUCUCCGGUUCUCCUCCCGUCCCGCACUCUCGCAGUCUCAAUCUCUACUCCACUCCUACAGGUGGCGGUCCGGUCAAUCCUCUAAGUCUCCGACCUCCAAGCUCCAAGCUCCAAGCUCCAGCUUACUCACCCAUCGUCGAUCUCACAGAGUCACACCUCACGAGUCACGGUCAUGGUCAUCCACUCAUCCUCAUCGGUCAAGGUGCAUAA